AUGCUCGAGUACUCCCUCAUCUCGGACGUGUACAAGGUGGACACGCUGCCCGCCGGGAGAGCGAGGCACAAGACCGUCCGCAAGUCCGGGGAGCGGCAGCAGGACGACAUGAGCCGGCAGCGCCUGGAGAGCUCCCCCAUGCCCCAACCGGUCGCCGUGCCGGUGGCCGAAGAGAGGCGCGAGGGACGGGAACCCCUGCACCCCUACGAGGGCCCGAUGUACCACGAUGCCAAGGGCAGAUACCCGGCCCGUUUCAUGGAGCGCAGGCCGGUCGUGUACGAGACGUUCGCGGCCGAUCCGGACGGGUAUGGCGGCGGGGGGGUCGAUGGUUACGCCCCGGAUCACGAGUGUCGGUGCCGGAUAUGCGACAGGAGGAUGCGAGGGAGGCGGCGGCGCAGGCGCUCCGCCUACGACGUGGAAGGGCUCAUGAGGAACGUACUAUUCAGUUUCGCCGUGGCCGGCUCGCCGCCCUCUCGCAGCCGCCGGAAGAGCUCGGACGAAUCCUCCUCGUGCGCCGUCCCCUCCAGCACCUCCCUGGUCCGGCUACCGAGUCCCAGCGUCGCGUCGAACACCACCUUCUCCUCGCGCUCCGUGUGCUCGCUGAUCUUUGCGAGCGCCUCGCCGUCGGACUCCGAGACGAGGACCUCUGCGCCUCGCCGGAACUCCUCUAUGCUGAGGGGGCCGCCGAACAUCGCCAGCUUCCUCCGAACGGGAGCCCCCCUGAUCCCGUACGCGGAGGCCGUGCUCGCGGAGAGCGGCGCCCGGCCCAGCUCCUUGGCCCUGAUCUUGGAACGAAACAGGGAGAGGAGCGUGCAGCACCUGUCCCGGUUCACGCUGUUGCGCUCCAGGUUGAAAGACUUGCAGCAAUCGAAGGAACAGAACCACCCCAUGGUGCUGAAGACGUUGCGCCGCUCGUCUAGAGUGGGCUCCGUCAUGAUCGACCGCACGCAUCUGAUCUCCCUCCUCCUCGCGCUCCUGCUCGCGUUCUCCUGCUACGCUUGCCUCUCCGGGGUAAGCCAGGUCGAGACCUUCUCCGACGAGAGCCGGGGGCCGUACGGCCAGUCCGACCUCGCGUACUCCCGCUUCGUCACCAACGCGCAGGAACCCCUAGAUCCCGCCUCCCAUCCCCUCGUCCUCACGACCCUCCCCGGGGGCACCACGGUCGCGACGCCGCCCCCCGCACAGAUGGUCCCCACCCUCAACGCAGAUCUGGUGCAGGCGGCACCCAUGCUCGGCCCCGCCGUCUCGCCAACCGUCCGGACGACCGUACCCCAGCUCUUCGGCAUGGAGGCGGCGAGCGCGACCUCCCCGGCUCCGCGUCCCACGACCAUCCUGCAGCCCGCCGACGGACGGAUCGCGCUGCCACCCUCCACGGCCAGCAUGGUCAUGAUCCAGAACCUCGGAAACGCAUGA